GUUCUCCCUCCCCCUCCUUGUUUGCAUUCUUUAUGACUUCCAGUCGUAUUUCCCUUCUUUCAAAUCCUUUUAAAUACUUCUCCUGAGCGUCUUCUAUCCCACUUCAAUUUCCAUCUUAUCUUGAUCUAGCGAUACCCACUUUGCAGCUCCGUCCUUCUAGCCCUUAAGCAUGGCUUCUCCUCAGCAAAUCCGUACCACCCUCACCGAUCUUUUGAAGAUCAACCACCCCAUCCUGCUGGCAGGAAUGAACGUGGCCGCUGGGCCCAAGUUGGCCGCAGCGGUCACCAACGCCGGUGGCCUGGGAGUCCUUGGAGGUAUCGGCUACACCCCCGACAUGCUUCGCGAACAGAUUGCCGAACUCAAGAGCUUCUUGAAGGACCAGAACGCACCCUUUGGUGUUGACCUGUUGCUUCCCCAGGUUGGCGGUAGUGCUCGGAAGACCAACUACGAUUACACCAAGGGCAAGCUCAACGAGCUGAUUGAUAUCAUCAUCGAGAGUGGCGCAAAGCUUUUCGUCUCGGCGGUCGGUGUGCCCCCCAAACAUGUCGUCGAGAAGCUGCACAGCGCAGGCAUCCUCUACAUGAACAUGAUCGGCCACCCUAAGCACGUGCAGAAGGCCCUGGAUGCCGGCGCCGAUAUCAUCUGCGCUCAAGGUGGUGAAGGAGGUGGUCACACCGGCAAUGUUCCCACGACCAUCCUCAUCCCCACGGUGGCCAAGCUGUGCCAGGGCCGGAAGAGCCCCUUGACUGGCAAGCCUGUGCAGGUGGUUGCUGCCGGUGGUCUGUACAACGGCAACUCCGUCGCUGCUGCGCUCAUGCUGGGUGCCUCGGGAGUCUGGAUUGGUACUCGCUUCAUCCUCUCCGAAGAGGCCGGCGCUCCCAAGGCUCACCAGGAGGCUGUUCGCACCGCUGGCUUUGAGGACAACGUUCGCACCAUCAUAUUCACGGGUCGCCCGCUCCGCGUCCGCAAUAACGAGUACAUCCAAAACUGGGAGGAGAACCGACGGGACGAGAUCAAGCAGCUGACCUCGAAGGGUAUCAUCCCCGUCGAGCACGACAUGGAGAAUCUCCCCGACGAUGUCGAUGACUCGGUGCUUGAGAACGCGCGCCCUUACCUCAUGGGUAAGGUUGCUGCCGUGGUCAACGAGAAAAAAUCCGCCAAGGCGAUCGUUGACGAGCUUGUGACGGAUGCCGCUGCUUUGUUGCAGAACGGCCACAGGAUGCUUGCGAAACUGUAGAUAUUAAUUUGCCUGAUACCUAUGUUGCAUAUGUUUUCAAAAAUUUUUGGCCUGUGCUAUUCUGCUUUUUUUGCUUCUCGACGAUGCUAUUAUACGCAUUAUAGCUGUUGGUUAUGACCCACUGAGUGAUUGAAUAUCCUUAGGUCUGUCUUAGAUAUAGCUUCAAUCGACUGGGUGACUAC